UUCACAUGAUCUGGCCUGGCGUUCUCGGCCUGCCGCCUUUGUCUUGCUUGGAGUGACACGUCAGACCUUGCGGCGCGUGCAAGGGAACCGGCCUGUUCCAACCCCCCGUCGGGGUGGGGGAGAGGCGUGUGCUGACUAUGAAUACGGUGCUGACAGACGUGGUGAGUCCGCGCCGCUGGGGUAAUUCUGGAAACUAUGGACAUACUCUUUAGAAUAAGAGGAGGCCUGGAUCUUGCAUUUCAGCUGGAUACUACUGAUGAGACUUCGGCGAAAAAGGCAGUAAAAUACGUUUUCAGUGAUCUGUCGACCAAACUGUCUUCAAAUGUGCUGGUAUUAAGAAUUUGCCAUAGUUCAGUGUAUGUAUGGCCUAACAGUAGUAUGAACACAGUUCCAUCAGAACUGACUGAUAAUUCUGUUUGUAAGGAGAUAAUACGAUUUAUUCAAUUUGACCAAGAAGAUGAGACCAAAAGAAAACUUACAAAAAAGAAGGAUAAAAAGUUCCAAGAUACGAAGCAGAUAGUAAAUGUAGACCUUAUGUUGGAAAUGACAUCUCCUUUGGCAGCUGUAGCCCCAGUCAUUGAAAGGGAAAACAAGAGACACCACUACGUUAACAUGACCUUACCAAUUGAUGUUGUUGUAUCUGUUUCUCCAGAAGAGCCAUGGAGGAAUGUACGAAAUCUCCUGGUGAAUGCAAUUCAUAAGCAACUAACUGAUAUGGAAAGAUGCAUUUUGAAAUAUAUGAAGGGAACAUCUAUUGUGGUACCUGAACAAUUUCACUUCAUGCUACCAGGAAAAAAGCACCUUGUAACAAUUUCAUAUCCUACAGGCAUUUUAGAGAAUCAUCUAGAGACUUACAGAAAGGAAUUACAUGAACUGUUCCAUCUGCCCUCCGAUAGACCAUAUUUAAGAAGAGCGAAUGCUUAUCGCUUUCCAGAUGAACCGUAUAAAGAUGGAUAUCUCAGAAAUCCACACACCUAUCUCAAUCCACCUGGCAUAGAGGCUGGUAUGGUCUAUUUGGUACAUGGUGUAUAUAGUUAUCAUCAUUAUAUGCAGGAUCGGAUAGAUGAUAAUGGCUGGGGAUGUGCCUACCGGUCUCUGCAGACUAUCUGUUCAUGGUUCAAACAUCAGGGUUACACAGAGAAAUCUAUACCUACACACAAGGAGAUUCAACAGGCACUUGUUGAUGUUGGAGACAAACCAGCUGCAUUUGUUGGGUCGCAGCAGUGGAUUGGCUCUGUUGAGGUACAACUUGUAUUGAACCAGUUAUUAGGAAUAACUUCAAAAAUACUGUUUGUCAGCCAGGGUUCUGAGCUAGCUUCUCAGGGAAGAGAACUUGCUAAUCAUUUCAAGACUGAAGGAACUCCAGUUAUGAUUGGUGGAGGCGUUCUGGCUCACACAAUACUAGGAGUGGCAUGGAAUGAGAUUACAGGACACAUUAAAUUUCUGAUUCUAGACCCACAUUACACUGGUGCAGAAGAUCUGCAUGUUAUCUUGGAAAAGGGUUGGUGUGGAUGGAAGGGCCCAGACUUUUGGAGCAAGGAUGCUUAUUACAACCUCUGCCUACCUCAGCGACCAAAAACUAUUUAAAUUCCAAUUGCAAAAAAUCAUGUUAAUCCAGAAUUUAAGACUUGAUAUAGACAGAGCUGGCUUAUUUUAAAUAAAACGCAUAAGCUUUAGAAAACUUACUUAUUUUCAAUUUAAAUGGUAUUUUGUCAGUCAAAAGUUGAAAUAAAAAUGCUAGUUGAAUUCUUUACACAGCAAUUUAAGUAUAAAAUGUCUUUUUAAAUAAAAAACAUCAAAAAUGGAAGAAUAAA